AUGGGUGCAGGUGCCUCGACGGACAACACCGGCGAGAUCGUGGUGGGGGAUGUCGUAACUUUCCUCGUCGAAGACCAUCCCAAGCGCGUCGUUGGAAUUGUAACAGACGUGCAGGAAGAAUGCUGCAGCAUCCAGGUGUCCAAUGUGGAGGUGCUGGACCGGAUUCCGCGCAGCGAAGUUAAGCGGAUCGCCAAGUGGGACGAGAUCGAAAUCGGAGAUAGAGUCAAAGUGAAGGAGCAGGGUUCUCGUCUGUACUACGAGGCCGAGGUGGUUGCGCGGAAUGAAAGCGGCACCUACAAGGUACACUUCGCAGAAGUGGACGAAGAGGAGGACAACGUCACGGUCGACAGAAUGCUCAAGCUCAUGUCUGGUCGUUUGGAGGACAAGGAGUGGAUGAUGUAUAAGGAGACGGAACUUGAGUAG